UCAUAUUAGACACGAGACCUCAACGAUCAAACCCCUUCCAGCUGCUUCCAACCAUUCGAUAAUCUUGCUCCUUGGUGGUAGCUAGCCAUAUAGGCGGGCGCCGCACAUCAGCUCGACGCCUCGACCGAACGUCGUCGACGACAGCCAUGGCGGCGUCCAGGAGCUCUUCUUCUUGGCUCACGCCGCUGGUCCUCUCUGUCCUCCUCGCGUGCACCGCCGCCAGCGGUGACCAGCACCGUCUCUCCGUCAGCUACUACGACAAGACCUGCCCCAGCGCGCAGCACAUCGUGCAGUCCGUGAUGGCGUCCAGGGUCGCCGCCGACCAGGCGAUGGCCCCCGCCGUGCUCCGCCUCUUCUUCCACGACUGUUUCGUCAACGGAUGCGACGCCUCGGUCCUCCUCGACGACGCCACGCCUUUCGUCGAGAGCGAGAAGGACGCCGGGCCCAAUGACUCGCUCCGCGGCUUCGACGUGGUCGAGGAGAUCAAGUACCACCUCGAACACUCCUGCCCGGGCACCGUCUCCUGCGCCGACAUCCUCGCUCUGGCCUCCCGGGACGCCGUCGCCCUGCUCGGCGGCCCGACCUGGAACGUGCAGCUCGGCCGCAAGGACUCGCGCGGCGCCGACAGGGAUGCCGCCGAGAAUGAUCUCCCUAGCCCGCACGAGAACGCCACCGGACUCAUCACCAAGUUCGCCGAGUACGGCCUCGACGCCCGCGACAUGGCAGCGCUAUCGGGCGCGCACACCGUCGGCACGGCGCGGUGCCUCCACUACAAGGACCGUGUCUACGGAAACGACGGGGAGGGCGGCGCCGACAUCGACCCCUCCUUCGCGGAGCUCCGUCGGCGGACGUGCCAGGCCGGUGACGAUGUGGUGGCGCCGUUCGACGAGCAGACGCCGAUGAGGUUCGACAACGCCUACUACAAGGACCUGGUUGCGCGGCGCGGCCUGCUCACCUCCGACCAGGCGCUCUACGGCUGCGGUGGGCCGCUGGACCAUCUGGUGGAGAUGUACAGCAAGGAUGCCAAUGCGUUCGAGAAGGACUUCGCCAGGGCUAUGGUGAAGAUGGGGGACAUACCCCCUCCCCCCGGGAUGCCCGUGGAAGUGAGGCUCAAGUGCUCGAUGGUGAACUAG